AUGUCGGAGAAAGCUACUCCCACAUUUGACAAGUAUGACGGCUCAACCGACCCAGAUGAUCACAUGAGAGCAUUCGUCAAUGCAAUGACAUUUUACUCCAACAGUGACCCGGUCCUGUGUAGAGCCUUUUCACUAUCGCUAAGGGGAGAAGCAUUAACAUGGUAUAACACCCUUCCCCCAAACACAGUGGAUUGCUUUGUCAAUGUACAAACCCUUUUUGAGCGGCAAUAUGCAUCUAGUUGGAUACAAGAGUUCACACCCGCGGAGUUGGUAAAUACCAAACAGGAGAAAGAUGAAUCUCUAAAAGCCUUCAUGCAAAGGUACAACGAAACCGCUCAGCGAGUCAGGGAUAUCAAUCAUACCUUCAUCAUCAGCAACCUGCCUUCCUACUUAAAAGCAGGAUAUUUUUCGAAAAAUUUAUACGCCAAACUCCCUAAAACCAUGGAUGAGCUCCAAGAGAGGGUGGCGGAGUUUAUUCGUAUUGAAGAUAUAAGGCAAUCCCAAAAAAAGCAACAACAAGAAACCUCUGAGGGAAAUAAGAAAGAAGGAAAACGAUCGUUCAAUGGGGAUCCUCCUCAAAAGGAUCCUAUGUGUCUCCCCAGAUUUAAUGACUAUACCACCCUCAAUGCACCAAGGGCUAAGGUUCUCGAGGAAGCUCUCAAUGCUGAACUUCUCACACUCCGAGAAAAGGCCACUCCCAAGAGCGCUUCUGCGAGGAAGAGCUGCAAUUUCCAUCUGAACCGCGGCCAUACUACAGAAGAAUGCAAUAUACUGAAAGAUGAAAUAGAAAGGCUUAUCCGAGGAGGCCAUCUGCAACAAUUCAUAAAAAAAGAAAGAAACCAAACAAGAAGUCCUACUAGAGAAAUCGGACGGUCCCAUCAAAAGACCGAACGGGGACAUAGGCACAACCGCAACCGCAGUCGCAGUUGUGAACGUGACCGAUCGGUUCGCAGGUACAUCAAUACCAUUUCUGGAGGUUUUGCUGGAGGAGGAACAUCAUCGUCAGCAAGGAAAAGGCACCUGAGGAGACUCAAAACCGUUCACAUGGUGGAUAGAAAGUCUCGAUCUUUACCACCAAUUACCUUCAUUGAUGAGGACUUCCAUGCCCCUCAAGAUGAUCAUAUAGUCAUUACAGCCGAGAUAUCUCGUUGUGUUAUUAGCAAGGUGUUAGUCGAUCAGGGUAGCUCGAUCAACAUCUUGUAUUGGAAGACAUUCUUACAAAUGGAUUUGUCUGAAGAUGCCAUAUGCCCAUUUAAUGAGCAAAUUGUGGGAUUCAUAGGAGAAAGAGUCAAUACUCACGGAUACUUAGACUUGAGGACUCAGCUUGGAAUGGAUAGAGAAGCGAAAGAAUUCAGAAUAAGAUUCCUGUUAGUAGAAGCUCAUACUCCAUAUAACGCUCUGUUGGGACAACCUUGUUUGAAUGCUUUCGGAUCUGUGGUCUCUACCCCACAUUUAGCCUUGAAAUUCCCGUCAGAUAAGGGUACCAUAUGCACUGUACGGGCAGAUCAACGGACAACUCGAGAAUGCUAUAAUGCUAGCUUAAAAGUCACACCCUUCGUUCCCCCUCAAACUGACAGAGGAGCAGAAAUAACUACUACCUUCCGUGACCUUAAGUAUUCAGGUAUUCGGCCGUUCGACCUCACAGGUACUCGACCAUCAGCUCUCACAGGUAUUCAGCCACUCGGCCUCUACCGUCCGUCCACCAUGGCGUCAAGUGUUCAGGCAUUCAGCCGCUCGGCCUCACAGAUUUCGUCUACUGGGAGAUUCUUUAGGAACUCCUGGGCCACGAAUGGUCACUCACGUCUACUGGGAGAUUCUCCAGGAACUCCUGGGCCACAGACGGUCAUUAACGUCUACUGGGAAGUUCUUCAGGAACUCUUGGACCACGGACGAUCACUCACGUCUACUAGGAAGUUCUUCAGGAACUCCUGGGCCACGGACGGUCACUCUUGUCUACUGGGAAGUUCUCUAGGAACUCCUAGGCCAUAG